UUAUGCAUCGGGGGUCACAUCAGGUGUGUGCGGGCCAUUGGCUGGCAAGGGGGACUGCGUCUGCGGGACCACAUCGGCCAAGUCUCGACUCAUGGGCUGCGGCGUCACGUCGAUAUCGAGUGGCUCAUUGCCACCCGGCAGCUGCUCGGCGUCCACCGCUUCGAGCCGCUCGGACAUGGCUGAUGCCAGCCGGUGGCCCUUCUGGCGCUUGACUCGCCUGUCCACUGCCUGGCCGGUGCUCUCCAUCUCGAGACGAUGCUGCUCAGCCAACGCCUGGGGCAAAGAGAGAGAGAGACGGAAAGCGAAUGGUCCAUAAGCACCUUUGCUUAAGGCCAUGUAGGUCUUGCGUACCUUUGCUUUGACGAAGCCGUGCUCUCCGACUGUGAAUUGCUUUUUCCUCUGCCUGGUGCCGUCCUUCGGAUACCAUGACGCCGUCCACGCCCGGAAUUUCCCAUCCCAGGAGACGCCCACGACCUUUGACUGAUGCUCGGCACGUCUGCGGAUGGCGGCCGUCUUCCCCUUGGUGGCCUCGGCUGUCUUGCCGCCCUUGGGUCUCUGUCGCCUCUCGACGGCGGAUGGGCUGCUGCUGGCGGAUGGGUCUCUGGAGAGGUGCUUGAGAGACGAAGUGCGAUUGACAGACUUAUCACACUGGCCGCCCUCUUGCCUGUCGCUGCCGAAGAGGGUCGAGUGCCUCUCCUCCAUCGCACGGCGGUGCGCGAUCGCGGCCUGUUUGGCAGGCUCGUAGGCGAGCUCUUUGACGGAGAAGUACUUGCUCUUCGUUUUGCCCCCCACCUGCCAUUUGGCCACCCAGCGCUUCCUUCUCUCGUCGAAGUUGACGCCCCGCACGCCGCUCUGAUGCUCACAUGGUUUCUGCUCCAUCACGGCCCGUUUGUGAGGGGUGGCGGCAGCCAUAGCAGCCAGCCUGGUGUUCUGCUGAUUGGUCUUCUGAAGCUGUUUGAUGAAUCGACUGGCGGCUUCCUUGAUGUCCUCGCCGUCACGCCGCCCCACCAUGGCCGGCAGCUCACGGCGCACAAACGAGUCGACGGACGCAAAGCUCAGAGAGGGGACGGCCGCCAGCAUCGCCCCACAGUUGUGACCCACUUGACCAUAAAGGCGACAGAGGAUCAUCCGCUGGGCGUGUGUCAUGGGCUGCUGGUCCUCAGUGCCAUCCAUGUCCAUCUCCCGCUGGCGGCAUGCCCAUGCGGCAUCGACGGCCGCCCCCAUGGCCUCCCUGGUGGCCGCUGAGAGGGGCACCGACUGCACUGGGGUGCCGGGCAGGACCACCUCGACGGCCAGCUGGGUCAGGGCAGACCCACUCCUGAACCGCAGACACAGAGGCGUGUCGGGAUGGGCUCGGCCGAGUGCCUCCAGCUGCUGGUAGAAGUGGAGAAUCAGAUGCCCCUGCUGGACCGGGGACACACGAGGGCCGCGACUGGCCGUGUGAUGCGUCGGCGGCGUAGCCGGUGGGCCCUCCCGCAGCCAACUGGGGGCCUCGAUGUCAGGUGAGGGAUGGCGGUCGAAUCGGUCGUCUCUGCGGGGCCUCGGUCGGUUGGUGUCACGGCGAGCCGUAGGGUGCAGAGGCACACCGCCCCCCACACCACCGUCACGCAGCUGAGGGGCCUGCGGCCGCCCCCUGACCGCUGCCCGGCCGGUGCGCUCCAUCUCGAGACGGUGCUGCUCGGCCAACGCCUGAAACACGUGACAGACACAACGAGGGCUGGCGGUGUUGGGCUGCGCGAGCGGGGUGGCGCUGUGCUGUACCUUUGCUUUGUCGAAGCCGUGAUGUUUGACGUAGAAAUACUUCUUCUUCUGCUUGCCGUCGCCCUUGUCGUACCAAGUCGCCACCCAAUACUGGUACUUCUCAGACCAGCAAACCCCCGGCACGUCGGACUGAUGCUCCGCAGGUUUGCGGAUGACGGCCUCGCCCUUGGCCUCGCCCUUGGCCUUGGCUGCCUUGUCACUGUUGGGGCUCGGCCGCCAUUCCGCCACGGAAGGGCUGCUGCUGGCGAGAGCCGCAUGUCGGCGGCGGUGCUUUCGAGGGGGGCUGUGGUCGAUGACUGAUCACGAAUCGAACCCUCUGGCACCGACGCACCAGCCCCUUGCUGCUGUCGGUCAGCAUCAUCUCGGUCCGCACAUUUUGCCUGCGCCACCAGGCUGGCUGCCAGAGAAUGGCCGCCCGCCUCACUCAGCCUCGCCGACACACACCGAUCCCUCCCCCCACCCGCGUCCUCACGAUGGCGCUUGGCUGCUGGCCGGUUGAUGAGCAGCUCGUUCUCGGAGCUGGACGAGUCCGUUAUAAGCCUCUCACUGACACGAGAUGACGACCUGCCUCUGUGGCGGCGGCGAGGCUGAAUGUGGGGCGGCAUGAGGUCAUUGUUGUCGAGUGGAUGGCCACUGGGGCACUCAGACAGAGACGGGGGCGGCAUGGGCUUGGGCCUGGCUCUGCUGCUGCGGUGGCGCGUCUGAGGACGAUUGCAGCCGUGGGGGCUGAUGUCAUCGAGCCAGCUGAUGUCCAGGGGUGCAGCGGCCUCUCCCUCACUGACAGUGCUCAAACGGUUGAGCUCCUCGACAGCGCGGCGAAAAGCGGCGAUGACGGCCGAACGGGAGCUGAGGUCGACCACCGGGACAUCGAGAAUGCGGUCCUCGCCAUCUUCCCCCUCGGGGGACGGCAGACGGACACGGAAGCCGCCGUCCUGCCAACACAACCCGCAUGACCUGCGCGAAAGAAAGAGCCAACCCCCCACACACAUCACACACGUGACAAAUCUGGCCCUCCCUGGUCUUCCCUUGUCUUGUCUUACCCGUCGCUGCUGAGGACCUCGACGAGGGCAGCAGCCAGGUCGCCGCCCUCCAUCACACCCACACCUGGCCUGCUGCUGGGGGGGCCGUGGCGGCGCGCCGAGUGAAUCGCACCAUCAUCAUUGGGGGGGCUGCAGGAACGGCCCUCAUCGCUCGUCGCCCCGCCCUCUGAAGUGUGGCGCCGCUGCUCCAUCUUCUGUCUGUGUGCGAUGGCCGCCUGUUUGGCCUCCUCGUAGCCGAGCUCAGCGACGGAGAAGGACUUCGUCUUCUUCCUGCCGCCCACCUGCCAGCUGGCCAGCCAUGAGUUGCCGCCCUUGUUGUAGCUGACGCCCCUGACGCCGCUCUGGUGCUCACAUCGCUUCCUCACCGACGCCAGUCCAAUACGCUCCAUCUCGAGACGAUGCUGCUCGGCCAACGCCUGAACCAUUCGUUAGAGAGUGAGAUGGAGGUGCGGUGCUGCGAUGCGAUGUCGGUACCUUCGCUUUGUAGAAGCCAUGCUCCUUGACGUAGAAGUACUUGUUCUCCCGCUUGCCGUCGUUCUUGCUAUACCACCUCGCUUGGCAGUACUGACCCCGUUCACACCAUUGGACCCCCUGCACGGCUGACUGAUGCUCGGCACUUUUGCGGAUGACGGUCUUGCCCUUGCCGGCCUUGCGGCUCGGCUGUCCGUCACGCGAAGACACGUCAUCAGCCCAAUCCAUGUCGUCAUCGCCACCAACACCACCCACAUCCGCCUCGCCACCGUCGUGAUGUGCCGGACCCUUGGACGCCGCACCAGCACUCGUGCCUCUGUCGGCGGCAUGCUUGUCCGUCGGCUGUGGCUGCAGCUUGAUCCGCCGCAUGUCGACCAUGAUUGCAUCGUCGCCAGCCGCGGCGUUGCGGUGGUGCGCCGCUUGGGCGAAGGCACGCAGGAUGAGCCGGGAUGAGGUCACGUCAGACACACUGAAGACACGCUCGUCGUGCCUGGCCUCCCCGUCUGGUCGGUAAGACACAAAGCUGGCCUCCUCGCCGCGCCACUCGAGACCGAGACUGAGUGGAGCACACAUCAAGGAAGAGGAGAAUCCGUGGCCUAUUCUAUGAGACUUCAUCGUUCUGCCCACCUGUCGGCAUCGUCUUGGUGCGAGUCCGCCAGCUGCCGCUGUGCCUGCUCCACCAGGCUGGCUGCCAGAGCAUGGCCGCCCCCUUCACUCAGCUUCGCCGACACAAUUCUUUCCUUCCCACCGCCUGACCUGUCGCGACGGCGUCUGGCCCCCGGUCGAUGUGACAGCUCCUCGCCCUCACGACGGCGAUGUGCCUCCGAUGUGGGUAGAAUGGCAGGCGGCAUGAGUUCAUCCUGACUGUCCCUCCUGCUGCCCGGGCGAUGGCUGGGCUCCCCACUCCCCAGAC